AUGGAAAAUCAUCAAACAAUGAGUGAGAAGUUUGAGAAAUUCACAUGGACCAUCAACAAUAAUUUCUACAUGCUGGUGGAGUUUGAUAAGUACCAGAGCAUUUCUGUGGCUAUAGAUGAGAACCGUCUUAUGGUCUUUAUCUUGGAAGUUGUAUUGGUUGGAUUCAAGGACACAUCAUCACUGCAAAUUUCAAGGAGCAAUGCUAGGGGCCAGCAACAUUUGUUAUUGUUGGAGGACGUCUUUGGAUCCACUAAACUUACUUUUAAUGAUAAUUUGAUCAUCGUUGCCGAAUUUUUCGUGAAGAAAUCUCCACAUCAUCGUAACCAAUUACAUGAUGGAACUAGUAACACUAUUAUUGAUGAUUCCUCAAAACCAUGUUUUCAUGUUUAUGAAGAUUUUGAGAACACAAAGGAAAAGGGUUUUGUUCAAUUGGCAGAGGAAGCUUGCCGCAAGCAUCCAUCAGUCAUUGAAUGUCAUAAGAACAAAAAUCAUAGUUCUAUGUUCACCAAGUGGGGAUUCAUGGCAUUGGGAAGAGUGUUACAUUUUCUUAAGACUAAGAAGGUGAAGGAUAUGAAUGAUGAAGCUUGCAAGGAACUACAAGUUUUAUGGAAAGAAGUCAAUGCUUUCGGAUUUGAUGAUUUAGCUUCGUUGGAGCCUCAUGUUAAGUGUGCUUUGGGCAUGAGGAAUUAUAAGGAGAGAACUAUGCAUGUGAAAAAAAUGAAGGAGAAUGUGGUAGCUCUAGAAGUUGAUCUUAAAGUGGCAAGAGAAGAAUUGGUUAAAGCUGAAGAAGGUUUUGAAGAAAGAGACUUAAAUGAUGUGUUGGGAUAUUGA